CGACUUAACGUGGUCAGCUACCUCCGACGCCGUUACACUGUCUGCCGCCGCAAUUGUCGCAGCGAUUUGCCGACAGACGACACUGCAGCCGCCGUCGUCGUCCGCGCAGUUACACUGGAUGCAUUUGAACUUCAUGUUUCAACCCGUAACCGAGUACCGCUGACUAGAGCAUCAUGGUCAAGACGUUUCAGGCGUAUCUGCCGGACUGCCACAGGACAUACUCUUGCAUUCACUGCAGAGCGCACCUGGCAAAUCACGACGAACUUAUAUCAAAGUCUUUUCAAGGCAGUCAAGGAAGAGCAUACCUUUUCAAUUCUGUUGUAAACGUUGGAUGCGGCCCGGCAGAAGAAAGGAUUUUGUUGACCGGACUACAUGCAGUCGCCGAUAUAUAUUGUGAAUGCUGUAAGACCACCCUGGGUUGGAAAUACGAACAUGCGUUCGAAUCCAGCCAGAAGUAUAAGGAGGGCAAGUACAUAAUCGAAAUGGCACACAUGAUCAAAGAAAACGGCUGGGAGAGUCCGCCGAAGAAAUAAUGAACUUCUAUAUCGUCUUUCUAUCUAUCUCUCUGUCUCUCUGUCUUUCCCGCCAUGUGUUUCUCUCGUCAAAUCUCUUUGUUUUUCCCCAUCCCAUCUCUUUCAUCCGUCAAAUCCGAAAAAUUCUCUCUCUUUCACCCUCUCUCCCAGUUUUUUUGGUGGUCGUUCACCCGACCUCGAAAAGUUUGACGUUUUUCCGAACAAUCUGUGGUUGGUGUUGCCGACCGUCGUCCAGUGUUCACCGUGACCACGAUAAACGUUUCACAGAGUUAUGGCCACAACGAAGGCAAAUAAAAUAAUAAUAUUCGCGGCUGUCAUAAUAUUUUCGCCAUCGUCCUAGCUCCACUGGAUAUGCAAAUGCGCAAACCAUCACCGGUAAAUGACGGAGGGAAAUCUCAAUUAAUACGCCGGAGUUAACGUUAGACGGUUAGCUUACGGUCUUAUUAUAAUUAUUAAAAUAGUAGUAAUUAACUAAUGGUGUACCUAUUUAUAAUAUUAAGUAUUUAUGUGAUAACGUGAUCGUAUAUAAGAGUAUAUAUAUGUAAGGUCGGCACUGUAAUUCGAUUUCAAUCGAAGCACACAAAAUUAGAGAUGUAUACACACCUCCCGAAGUCCCGAGGCUUUUUCGAUACAUAUUAUAUUUAUUAUUAUGGCCACAAAAACAGAUUUAUCGUUUUAUUGAUAUUUCGGAAUAGUGAAAAACAUAACUAUAUAUAUACAUAUAAUAUAUUUCUUGCGUUGUACAAAUAACAUUGAUAAAAGAAUAUAUUUUAUUUAUUUAUUUUAUCUCAUUAUAAUUAUGAGCUAUUCGUAUUAUAAUACAACGAAAAUCAAUAAUUAUUACUAUAUAUUAUAAUAUAAAUUAUAAAUUCAAAAAAUUAACGCAGGGUUUCGUUUUAAAAUAUUAUUUUUAUUUCAAUAUUUGUUCUUUAACAAAUAGAUCCGGUCAAUGGCGUAUUGCUUGGUAAGAAUUUCGAGAAAAAAUAUUUUUAUUUUGUAUUUUUGUGUUAUUCAAAUUCGUUUAAGAUAAUAUACUAAGACUAACCAUAAAACUACUAACCCAUUAAAAAACAAAAUUCUUGAUAAAAAAAAAAUUAAAAUUAAAUCGUGCUGCUUACAAUAAUCUACCAGUUCUUAUAUAAUAUAUACCAUAAUAUAAUAAUAUCAUUAUAUAUAAAAUAAACACAUUUUUUUAUCCAUCUACUUUAUCUCAUAACAAAAUUAUAUUAAUAACAUUGACGUAUCGAUUGGUAGGUACAGUAUUUUCAUGUAGUUAAGCUUAAUACAAUAUUAUCGGUAUAAAUGUAAUUUUCACGUGAAGAUUACAGAGUGUCUUAAUUAGUAUAUAUGGUUGGUUUUUAUUUUAUGAACGGAUUAGCUAGUGUCAAACGACAAUUUUUUUUGAUCACUGAAGCACCGUUACUAAAAAUGUAUCUAUACCACAAUAUACCAAUGGACACCAUGUAAUAGUGCGUACGUCGCCUUGGUAUAAUGAGUGUAGGUAGAUAAUUUUACUUUAGCAUUAAAACGUAUAUAAGUAGUACCUAUUGUAUUUAAAGCCAAAAUAAUUAUAAAUUAUAAUAAUAAGUUCUGUAUCCAAUAUUAUAUGCAAUUAAUGGUAUAGUAUUUAUAAUAAUAAGAUACUAUUUUUAUAUUUACUAUGUAGUGCUAUUUCAAAUCAUUGUACUUAAAACUAAAACUGGUCUCAGAAAAAAAAAACAAUAAAAAUCCCCAAAAAUAAAAUAUUGAAAGAGUAGUCACUCUAAAUCCAUCGCUAUGUUAGCAAUUUAAAAAAAAAACUUCCAUUUUAUUUUUGUCAUCGACUCGAUUUUUUUUUCAACUAUAUUAUUUUGUAUUUUAUUUUUUUUAUUUUUAUUAUUAAAGUUCCUGUGAAAACAACAAACUUUUCCACUUGUCCUUGACAAAACUGAUCUCAAAAUAUAAUAAAAUAUGUUUUAUUAUGUUUUUAUUAACUAACAGAAUGGGCGAGUUAUAUGAAUAUUUUACUGGAAACGUAAAAUUCUGUAUACUGGACCAAUGGAGAUGCAACUAGCACAACUCUGUUAUUUAUAUAAUAUAUGAUCAUCUGGGGAAUCG